GUGCUCAUAGUGUUAGAGGAUACGUGGGAAAUGUGCUCAUAGUUUGAGAGGAUACGUGGGAAAUUAAUCUGCUCCAGUUGUAACCUUCCGCUUGUUUCUUAAGUCUCCACCAGUUUUCGGGACACAUUGCAGCAUGUAUAAAUACAAAAAGGUACCGGUUCUGUUUUAUCAUUACUUGUGCUAUCGAUUAUCCGAUUAGACGUAUAUUGAUUGUUUUGGCAACGAGGUUUAUAAAGUUGUUAUUAUUAGCCUUUAAUAAACAUUAUAGACUUGAUCAGGGUAAGAAAACAAUGUAAACUUUAUAAGUAUAAUAAUAUAUUCGUACAAUCUAGAUUUCCCCAUGCAUUUCACGAUUAUUAACGAGUUAAAGUAUCUGUACUUAAAAAAUAAUCCAUUCAUACUAUUUUAUUUUAUCUUUAAACUUGUUUCAGGCAUUUUAAAAUCAUACAUGCGUUAUUUAAGUUGAACGGCCGUGCAUAAUUUAUUACAGUUUUUUACUGCAUUUAGAAAAUAUUUUUUUUUAUAUUUGUAUAUGACACGUUUAAAACUGGAUGUGCAGUAAACUCAAUGCAUGACAACAAGAAGCUUAAAUUCUAUUUGUGCGUUCAAAAUGACCAGGGUGAGGAUCGGCAAUCGGUAGGCCAUCUCAAUUUAUAUAAACAGCGCGGUUUCCUUGAUGUUGUUUGUUAAUACCAAGGCUUGGUACUUUGAGUUGUUAUUAACAGAAGAAUAAUUUUUAUUUACAUCUAAAUUCUUAGCAACUUAAACAUCUGUCCAUUUUGUAAAUAAAAUUGCUACUGCCCAGUGUAAAAAAAUAUAUUAAAAAAUAUUAAAAAUUAAAAACAUUAUAAAUUUGACUAAAAUCUGAGCUAUAACAAGCGGAUUUCGCGGUAGAGUCACAACUGAACCAUUACAUUAUAUAUUGACAACCACAGUACACAUUGAACACAUUGGUAAAGAUUUAUCACAGCUGUACAUAUUCACAGCCCUUAUACAUAUUGACCACCCUUGUAAAUAUUUAACAUAACUGUAUAUUCUGAUGACCACUGUAUAUAUUGAUUGCAAAUGUAUAUAUUUAUCACUACUGUACAUAUUUAUCACUACUGUAUAUUACAUUCGUAACCACUGUAUGUAUUCAUAAUAAUUGUGUGUAUUGACGGUCGCUGUAAAUAUUGAUCACCACUGUAAAUUUAUAAUAUAACUUCUGUACACAUAGUGACAGCAACUUUACAUAUUGAUCACCACUGUAUAAAUUGAGCACCGUUGUAUUUAUUGAUCACACUAAAUCGUGGUGAGGGAAUGAGAAUACCAAUGGGAUUUUUUAUUCUUAUUUAUUGAAAGCAUUGUUUAAACCUUGUGCACAAAUAAAGACCUUAAAUAUCAUUCAUUAUUUUUUUUAAUCUAUUUUUUUUAUUUAAAUUGGUGGGCGGAAAAAAAAAAGGGGGGGGGGGUUUUUUGAUCCACUACAUUUUUUAUAUUAAAAUAAAGAACUUAAAUAUCAUUCAUUAUUUUUUUUAAUCUUUUUUUUUUAUUUAAAUUGGGGGGCGGAAAAAAAAAAGGGGGGGGGGGAUUUUCGAUCCACUACAUUUGUUAUAUUACUAAGACUUGUAUGUUAUAUAUUUAUGUAUGUUUGUUUUAUGAAUAAAGGGCGAGUACUCCCCCGGGCGACACCAACUCUAGAUAAUCCUCUGCAUGUACUAUUCUCUGUAUUGCUAUCUGUACCUUUGUCUGCAUUGUUAUAUGUAGGCCUACUGUUAUCUAAAUUGUUACCUGCAUUGUUACAUGUAGUGUACAAACUUCCCUGAAUGAUCAGACGUAAACCUUUGGCGUUUUUCCUUCGUAUUUAUUUGAGCUUCCAUUUACAGUGGGAACGCGUAAAACCAUUUAAUCCAUUUCAAAACCUUAUUCGAGUUCCAAAUCUUUCGAGUUCCUAGACAAUUUCCUUUUAAAACAACAGAUACUAGAUUAGUCCGUUCCCGAGUCCCACAAACUCUAUUGAUCCCAGUCCUUUUCUUAAAGGUCUCGAACCACCUGCUACUGACUUUUAAAACUCCUCCUUGUGAGCACUGGCAUCAGUCAUGCCUUUCACUAAAUCACCGUGGUGGACCUUGGCGCUCUAACACAUUAUCGUCUCAGAAAUCACAUCCCCAGCCAGCUGUUUCCCCAAACUAGGAGGAGGGUUAUUUUUUCUCAAUUUCUUCAACAUUUUUUGACCUGCUAGAGGUCAGCUACGUAACCUAUUUCGACACAGCUGCUGCUGUUAUAGCUUCAUUAUUUUUCAAAAUCGUACAGUCGAUUUAGGCCUCCCGAAUAUAGCAGCGAGAUCAACCACACCUGGGCCGAUGUCAAGCUUAGCGAAAAGAUCUUUUUUCACUUCCAUUGUAGCUCUAACAGCUGACCACUACUCUUAUUUUACUAACUACCCUAAGUUUUUAUUAUAUUUAAAAACUCGGCGCAAGAUGGGCACAAAACAUAAACUAAGCGAUGAUUUCAAUAACCCCCUAAAGCUUUUGACAACGAACUGAACGACCUAUGGGUGGUUCGAGUGCUGGGCAAAUGUUCCCGCAAAAACACACGAAGAACAUACCGGGCAUUUAAAUUCCAAAGCAACUUUCAGAUUUAGAGCGAAAAUUUGCUAGAAAUUUUCGUUUGGAUUCCAAGUUGUUUGAGCUCUAGGAUUUCUGGUUCCAAGUUGUUUUAGUUCUAGAAUUUCGGAUUCCUGUAUGUGUUGUAUAUAUUGCUAAUUACUUUGAUUUAUUUUAAAAUUUGUAUGCUCUCAAGGAUUCACUUGUAACCACCACACCAGGGAGAUCUUGGUCACUGCAUACGUCAUACCCAUCAAUCGCCGGUCUACAUAGUGAGGUCCAGUCUGGGGCAUCUGCCCGAAAUUCUUUGAUCACGCGCAGGACAUCAGAUUCCAUUAUGGCUGUAGAGGUAGGUUAUGGCUAAUGAAAUAGGUAAAUGGCUGUAGAAGUAGGCCUAUGGCUGUAGAAGUAGGUCUAUGGCUGAUGAAAUAGGUAUAUGGCUUUGGAAGUAGGUUAUGACUGAUGAAAUAGGUAUAUGUUGCUGUAGAAGUAGAUUAUGGCUGCUGAAAUAGGUAUAUGGCUUUGGAAGUAGAUUAUGGCUGCUGAAAUAGGUAUGUGGCUGUAGACUGUAGACGUAGGUCGAUGGAUGUUGAUAAGUGAGGAAUGCAUGAAAAUACACGUGGUGUUACGUUUAAUAGCUCAUUAUUAAUUAAUGUGACAAUUUCAUAGGACAUUUCUGUGGGAUCUAGACGGUGAUAAUAUACAAAUAAUUGUUGGUUGGUUUGAAUGAUUAAAUAGGUUGAUAACAUGACAUAAUCAUCAUUUUAUAACCAGGCUACUACACUACGCAAAAUAAUACUUUUUUUUUUUGCGACCAAUAUUUUAACUGAUCAUUUCAACAAGAAGGUUAAUGUGUUAAAAAUGUCUUUAGAAUGGCAGUAGAGCUGUUAGUCAAAUUAAAAACUUUAAUCAAUACAUUAUUUCGGUUUUUAUAAAAGGCAAAAAAAAAAGCUUAGAAAUUUUAUGCUAAAAAUGCUUGUCUUUGUCCAAAGUAGCGAUUUGUGGAGAUUUAAGCAAUGAAGUUUAAUACUCAAUAGCCUACACCAGUGUUUCCCAAAGUGUGUUACGAGUACCCCUUGGGAUACGGGAUGAGCAGGGUUUCUUUCAGCUAUAUCUUGGGGGGGGGUGUGCCCCCCGGGGAAAGCCAAGUGCCCCCCCAGAGCAAAAAUAUGUCCAACAGUAAAUCAACUGGAACUGCUGGCACUACCCCCCCCCACCCCCAACNCCCCCCGAAAAUAUGAAGUGCUCCCCCGGGGGAAAAUUUCUGAAAGAAACGCUGGGGAUGAGUUUGGUGGGGGUAGGCGCUGCAAAGGGGGAAAAAAUACUUUUGAAUACUAUUGUAGUAAAUGCAUUUUUUAACGAGGGUUACUCGGUGUUACGUAAAUUAUAGACAUGGGUACAAAGAUGUCGAAACUUUGAGAAACACAGGCCUACACUAUCUAUAUAUUUGUUACGUAACGUUGUAAGUAUAGAGAAUUUAAUCUCUUAUUAAACGAUAUAUAUGGCUCGUUGACAAACAGUACGCAACAAAAGAUGAUACCUAAAACUAAAUACAAUAAUAAAGAAACGAUACCCAAACUAGGGCUAAUUACAAUUAAUAAUUUUAUUAAGAUAAUAAUAAAUUACAAAAUAAAAAAAUAAAAAAAGAAAUAAAGAAUUAAAUCUAGUGACUUACAGAACAGUGAUGACUUGUACCGGUACAAUGUAAAAAAGGUAAAAUGUUGAAAAAGGUACAAGGUUGAAAAAAGGUACAGAGAGAGAGAGAGAGUAAGUAUAACUAUACAAAUAUUCGUCUCGUAUCAUGAUAGCAAAAUAUUUCUCCCUCCCGUCAAUCCCUCUAGAGACGCAUAUAUAGCCUGUUUCAGAAACAUUUCUAGAACGGGCUUACACAUUGUAUUCCCUUCUUGAUUAGUCUCGAUAUUUCUACAGAAUUCUAAUAACACGGCAUAUAUAUUUGUUUUUAUUUGUAAACAAGGCCAAGGGAGACUAUUUUAAUUAGCCACACCCAAUACGAGGUACUGAACUUCCUCCUCAUCCUCAUGCCCCUUAGUCCUUGGACCGUUGGGGCGCCACAGAUGACAUGUGAACCAUCCUCCUCCAUUCCUCUCUGUCUUCAGCACUACGCACUGCAUCGCCCAGUGUUAGUCCUGUACACUGUUUAAUGUUAUCCUCCCACCUUUUUCUUUGUCUUCCUCUUUUUCUCCCUCCUCUUGUGGUGCCCUGCAAUAUUUCUUUGGCAAGCCCUUGUUUCCUUGUUACGUGGCCGUACCAUUGUAAUUUGCGUUUUUUCACAGUCACCAGUAGGUCAUCGUACUCCCCAAUUGCCUGACAAACCCUUUCUUUCACUGUAUCGUUGGCGAUAUGGUCCCUAUAGCAGAUGCCAAAAAUGCUUCUGAAGCAUCUCAUCUCCAUAGCCGUUAUUUUCCUUUCAAGAUCGGCUGUUAAUGUCCAGGAUUCGCAGGCAUACAGGAAAAUGGAGAGGACUAAUGAGCGCAUCAGCCUGAUUUUGGUGCUGGGGGCAAUAUUUUUGUCAUUUCAUAUUUUCUUGAGCCUCUUUAGUGCUGUAGUCUGCGCAAUCCUGGACAUCAGUUCGGGCUUGUAGCCUUGUUCUGAGACUAUUGCUCCUAGGUAUUUGAAGCGGCCGACAGUCUCUAAUCUUUCCUCCCUGACCUUAAUUUUAGUGGGGAUGCCUGCGGUAUUAUUUGUCAUCAGUUUUGUCUUUUCGGCACUGAUUAGCAUGCCGUAGGAGGACAAGGUCUUAUCGAGACGCUUUACCAGGUUGGCUAGCUCUUCUUCGUUCCCAGCCAGCACGUCUAUGUCGUCCGCAAAGCGUAGGUUGGUGAUUGAUCUGCCACCAAUGCUGACUGUCCCUUCAUGCGCUUCCAGAGCAUCUGACAUAAUUUUCUCUAGGAAGAUGUUAAAUAGGGUGGGGAGAGCAGGCAGCCUUGUCGUACUCCAACCUUGGUCUUGAAGCAUUCUCCUAUGUUGUUGUUGAGGAAGACUGCACUGUUUACAUUAUCAUAGAGGUUGCAUAUCAUGCUGGUUAGGUUUGUGUUGAUGUUGUAGAGCCUCAUGCUGGCCCAUAAAGCAGCAUGCCAAACGCUGUCAAAUGUUUUCUUUAAGUCAAAAAAGACGUGGUAUAGAUUUUGUUGGUUUUGAGCAUAUUUCUGACAUAGUAUUCGGAGGUUUAGAAUCUGCUCAGUAGUGCCCCGUCCUUGUCUGAAGCCCGCCUGUUCUUCAGCAAUGAUUCUGUCGGCAAAUGGUUUAGUCGGUUCAAUAUGAUCUUCAGAAUGACCUUGCUUGGAUGGCUUAUUAGGCUAAUUGUGCGAUUGUUUUGGUUACCUUUUCUUGGGGAGGGUGACGAUGAGUGAUUGGGUCCAUGGCUUGGGUCAUUCUCCUGUAAGCCAGAUUUUGUUACAAAUAUUGAAUAGGGCACUUAUCAUUGCUUCUCCUCUUUGUUUCAUCAACUCGGCAGGGAUAUUAUCCACUGAACUUGGGGUCAGCUAAAGUUCAUUCACGGGGAAACUUGACGUAAACGCGUCGUCUAAAUAACAAUAUUAUUGUUUAAAAUAAUUUAAAAUGUAUUUAUAAAGAAAGAGUCCACUACUUUAAUUUUGUCUGGAUAUGAUUAAAGCUGCUACUAAAAGAUCGUAGAUAACGAAGCUGUUACCGAUGACGACAUAAUUUGCAAACCCCUUUGAGGGCAGCUGUUUAGUCCCCGUCACUAGCUUGUUUUUGUGAUGUGGUUUUUAACGUAGCGGCCAGGAGUGCCCAGUACUACUUUAAAAUUAAACACUCCUAGGGUCUAUUAUGGUCGACAGUUCUAAGGAAACCUUCACCAGUUGUCACCAGUGAAGAUCCCUCUAUCUGCCUCGGCCAGAAAACAUAGGAUUACGUUUUCCACCGAUGUGGCGGUUACAGUAAUCCGAAGUAGGAAUCCACAUCUUACUAUGCAAGGCCAAAUUUUAAAGGAAGCUACUCCUUUAGCGUUCCUGGGGUAGCUAAAUGGUUCGUCAUUGGAGCGAAACAUUUUUAUGGGUGUCGAGAAGGGGCCCACAAGAGUUUCGGCUCGGGCCGCUGAUGCUAUUCUUUAUGAAUUAUUUUAAUUUUUUCUAAAUUAUUUAUUUGCAGUCUAUUCAUCGGAAGGAGCUGUUAUCUCUCGACUUAAAUAAAAAGUCCUUAGAGCACUCUAUGUUGGCCUACUCUGAAAAGAUGAAAGACAUCGCCGGUAAAAAAUCUAAACACAGUCACGCACUAGGACACGAGUCUCCAACCCGAUAUGAUGAGCAUUCUAGGAGUAGUCGAAAAUCAUCAGUAGGCUCCAUUUGGGCCGAGUCCACGCCACGAAAUGGUAUGCUCCCACGCUUGCUCAAGACAAACGAUGAAAGCGUUGUAAAAAAUUGUGAAAUUCUAUCGAAACACAAUCAUCUUGGCGUAGAAUCCGAAACGGGCUGUGAAGACACAGGAAAUAGGAUCACCAAAACAAUAACCAAAAAGUACCCAAGCAUGCCAGGUUCCCUGAACCAGUAUCGCAGAAGACGUAUCGGUGUGUACCAGAAUCCCGAUCCCGAUAUCAUUUUAGAAAUAUCCGAAUCAUCGAGAAUUUCUGACAAAGAAAAUUUGGCACUUGUAAAAGAAACUGCACAAGCUGAAAGUGACAAUAAUCAAAUACAAGAAAUUGUGUCUAUUGAGACCUACCCAGAAUAUAAAGUCACUCCAAACAAUAAAAGGGUGUAUUUAGAUGCUGACAAUGACGCCUGCAACUCGAGCAGCUUUGAAACUUUCAUUAGACCCGGGUACUGGGGCUACAAGACGAUGUACUCUCCCAGGAGAGCUUCUCCCGUGGCUACAAACAUGCCACCAAAACUGCGUCACUCCCCACGCCCUCGUAAACCAACUUACCAAUCCCAUCCACCAAAAGCGUGUCAUCACGUGUUUCAAUAUUCAUCCGCCGUGGAAAACGCCAUGCUAGGACUACGAGAGGCCACGUUCCUGAUAGACAGCAAGAACAACAUAUAUCGAAGCAAAGCUAAGCUUGAAUCAAUUGAUUUAGACGAGCUGCGACUUGCGAAGUCGUUGAGAUCAAUACGAGAACUGCCUGAAAUUGAAUCAGAUGAUAUGCAAAAAGAACAAAUGUCUGGUGACGCCACAACGGAUACAUUUACGAACCAAAUCUCUUCAACAACAUAAAACAUUAUAAUAAUUAUAAAGUGAGGUCAAAUCCAGUGAAUAUAUCAAUUUGGUUUGUAUAUAUAUGUAAAUAUAUGUCGUGUUGAAAUUGUUUUAAAUUAUAAUUAAUGAUAGUAGCAC